ACCAAACCACAUGCAUGCACCUUGACAAUGUCUUCGGAAGCAAGUUCAGUAUGCUUUCAUUUGCUGUUUCUACUGCUUGUAUCUGGCACUGCAGUCUCACACUGGAUUGUCAAGACUCUUCCUGGCUUCCCUGGUGAAUUGCCCUUUAAACUUGAAAUUGGAUACACUAGUGUUGGUGAAGUGGAAUUCUUCUACUAUUUCGUCGAGUCGGAAGGGAACCCGGGAGCUGAUCCUCUCUUGCUCUACAUCAACGGAGGCCCUGGUUGUUCUGCUUUGAAUGGAUUUUUGUACCAGAUUGGCCCAUUAAAAUUCAAUAUCACUGAUUACACUGGGGGCUUACCAACACUGAUAUAUGAACCAAACACAUGGACAAAGACAGCCAAUGUGUUAUUUUUAGAUUUGCCUGUGGGUGCUGGCUUCUCCUAUGCAACAAUCUCGGAAGCUUGGAGCGCAUCUGACACAAAAGUAGCUGCACAAGCCUAUGAGUUUCUAAGAAAUUGGUUGAUCGAACACUUAGAUUUUGUGAACAAUCCAGUCUAUCUUGGGAGCGACUCAUAUCAAGGAAUUGUCACCCCAAUUCUAGCCCAAGAUAUUAUAAAUGGCAAUGAAGCAGGAAUUGAGCCUCAAGUGAAUAUCAAAGGACUCUUGCUUGGAUGCCCACAUACAAAUUCAGAUCUCCAAGUUAACACAAGAAUAAUAUUUGCGCACCGAAUGGCUCUAAUAUCUGAUGCAAUGUAUAAGUCAGCCAAAACUAGUUGCAAUGGGAAUUACACCGAUUCGACAAAUGCAAACUGCACCGUGGCAGUUGCACUAAUAUCCCAGUGCAUAGAGCAAGUAAAUGAAGCAGAUAUCUUGGGUCCCAAUUGUGCGUUCAUAUCACCAAAACCAAAAGAAGGCGCUCAAGGAUUUCUCAAAGCAAACUCAAGAAAUUUCAUCCUACCAUGGUCUAGGAAUGGAGACUUUUGGUGCAAAAAUUUUGAUUAUAUUCUCUUUGACGUAUGGAUAAAUUAUAGAAGUGUCCAAGAUGCUCUUCAUGUUCGACCGGGAACAGUCAAAGAAGUCUUUAGAUGCAACAUCACCUUGACCUCGGUGUACUCCUACAAUGUCGCAGAUGCAAUUCCCUAUCAUAAAAAUCUGACAAAUUCAGGCUUGCAAAUCCUGGUUUUCAGUGGCGAUCAUGACAUGUCUAUCACACAUAUUGCUGUUGAACGAUGGAUAAAUGCUCUAGAUUUGACAAUUGAUACUGAAUGGAGACCAUGGUUUGUUGAUGGCCAGGUUGCAGGGUACACAAGGAAAUAUACAAAUAGAGGAUAUCGUUUGACAUAUGCAACUAUAAAGGGAGCUGGACACUCUCCAACAGAGUACAAACGCAAGGAAUGUUAUGACAUGUUCCAUAGAUGGAUUCACUACUAUCCUCUCUAG